AAUAUCAUUUUAUUAAAUUAAAGUCGUCAUUCACAAUCUAAACAAUAAAAUCUAUCAUUCAAAUAAAUUAAUUGCUCCAUUUUCCAAUAUACAUACAUCAUACAAAAUUCAAUCUUUAAACUCAUUGACUAUACCUGAAAAUCAUGUGAUAAAAAAAAACAUUAAAAAAAAAAAAAAAAUAUGUGAGGUUAGGUUCCCCACACUCAAGUGAGUAAUUGUAAAAAAAAAAUCUAAAAUAAUAAUUGCUCCCUUAUUUUUUUAAUUACUUACAUUAAUUUUCAUUAAAAAGUUAUAAAUUUAAUUUCUUUUUAAUAACAAUUGUCUAGACACCUUAACAAAUUAAAAAUAAUUUAAAGUUGCUAUUGUGUGUGUUGACAAGUGCAGUAGUGUUGAAAAAAAAAAAAAAAAAAUAUUAAAUGGUGCUCAGUGGUCUGUUAUUAUUUAUGGUGCUAAAUAAAAUUAACAAAAGUUUUUAAUUAUUAUAAAAACAAAUAUUGCAAAAAUGAGUAAAAUGUAUUCAACUGCUAAUUUGACUGACAAAGAACUCAAAGAACAAGGUAAUCGACUAUUUGGCCUUCACAAAUAUGAAGAUGCUGUUAAUUGUUACACAAAAGCCAUUAUUAAAAAUCCAGGACAUGCUCAAUAUUAUACAAACAGAGCAUUGUGUCAUUUAAAAUUAAAAAGAUGGGAUUCAUCAUGUCAAGACUGUCGACAUGCAUUGGACAUGGAUCCUUGUUUGGUAAAAGGUCAUUUUUUUCUUGGAUUGGCACUUUUGGAGCUUGAAUCAUACGACGAAGCAAUAAAACAUUUACAAAGAGCUGUUGAUCUAGCUAAAGAACAAAAGCUAAAUUACGGUGAUGAUUUAACAAGUGUAUUAAGACAAGCAAGAAAACGUAGAUUUCAAUUGAAAGAAGAACAACGUCUUGCUGAAGAAAUUGAUCUUCAAACAUAUUUAAAUCAGCUGAUUAUUCAAGAUGCUGAUGCUAGACUUUCAAAUAUUAAUGACAUUGCAAAUGGUACUGUAUCAAAUAGCAAUAAUGAAACAACUGAAUCAACAAUUGAAAAUACAAAAAUAACAUUAAAAAAUGAAAUUGAAAAUAAAAGAGAUACAUCAUUAACAAGACUCAAUGAUUUAUUUGCCAAAGUUGAUGAAAGAAGACGAAAAAGAGAUGUUCCUGAUUAUCUUUGUGGUAAAAUUAGUUUCGAAAUAUUACAAGAACCAGUUAUAACACCAAGUGGUAUAACAUAUGAGCGAAAAGAUAUUGAAGAGCAUUUACAACGUGUUGGACACUUUGAUCCAGUAACACGUGUACGAUUAACACAAGAUCAAUUAAUUCCAAAUUUGGCUAUGAAAGAUGUUGUUGAUUCAUUUCUUCAAGAAAAUGAAUGGGCAUUAGAUUAUUAAUUAUAUUUAUUCGUAAAAAUCAUUGUUUAAUAAUCAUUUUAUAAUUUACAAUAAUCAUUAUGGUAAAAAGUUUAAUAAAAUUUAUU